AUGCCAUCAAAUUAGCGUUUGCCAUUUGAAAGUGAGAAAGAAUAUAAUGAAGUUCAGUACGUGUUUCUUGUUGCUCGCCCUCCUCGCUCUGUGGGCCACCACAGUGAUGGCUGCGGAUGGCGAUAGCGAUGAUGAUUACCCCGAAUCAGACACUGACACAUCAGACACAGAUGCAGCUACAGAUGCAGCUUCAGAUCCAGCUACAGACACAGCCUCCACAGCACCAUCAGCUACAGAUUCUGACUCCAAUACAGAUACAGAUUCAUCGGUAAGCACCAGCGAAACGGAUUCCGAAACCGAGUCAAGUGACGAUGAAACAACCACCGCAGCUGCAGUUGUGCGACGCACCACUCGCAAGCGCAGGACAACCAGCACCAGUCGCCGGACCAGUCGCAACACAAGGAACAGGCGCAACACCAGACGCAACAACAACAGCAACAAACGCGCUGCUAGCAGACGUCGUGCCAACAACGCUCGUCGCAGACGCGGUUAAACAUUGCA